AUGUCGGGAUUGAAGGAUACUUUGAAAGGUGGAUGGCAUCCAAAAGGCAAAGAUGGGAAAUCCAAGGAAAGCUGGAAAGGUGAUUUCAAGGGGUUUAAUCAAGUAGCUGGAUGGAUGGGAAAAGGUAAAGAUCCAAGAGAAGAAGCUUUAGAACAUAACUCCACACCUCUAUCUUCAUUGAGAGAUCCUGCAUCGUUCGGCCCGCCGCCAAAAAGUGUUAAAUAUCAUGGAGCUGCCGCUUUACCACCUCCGACCAGUCUAUCGAGUUCAGCAAGAUCGGACACAGGAGGGUUGGGUGCUCCAAUACCACAAAGUGAAAUAAGAGCAAAACAAGAGGCAGAGGAAGAAGAAAGAAGAAGACAAGAAGAAGAAGCUGCGAAACCUAAACCACCGCCAAUGCCAUACCGUGCGAAUACUACAGGAUUAUCUGUAUCACAUUUACCACCACCUCCUGGAAGAAAGGAUGGCGCAGAUGGGAGAACGCCGCCUAUGCCUCCUACAGCUGGUAAACCUAAACCUCCUGGCUUACCACCAAGAUUGCCACCGCGACAAAAUUCCAAUCCGGGAUCAUCGGCUCCUUCGCCUCCUCCUACAUAUGGCGCGGCUACAUCUGAAGCGGAUCCACAUAAAGGUAUAUUGAAUCAAGGGGCAUUGAGUAGAUUGGGCGCAGCAGGAGUAUCAGUGCCUGGAUUUGGAAUUGGGUCUACAAAAGCAAAACCGGCCCUACCACCACCCCCUCCAUCCCGAACAUCUACAAAUAAUUCAUCCCCUCCACCUCCGCCUUCAAGGACAUCUUCACCACAACUACCUGCACGAACAUCCUCACCUCAAAUACCAUCCAGAUCCUCUUCACCACAGGUGAAUGAACUUCAAUCUCGGUUCUCUCGGCUCACAUCCUCGCCAUCAUUAUCUUCCUCAUCCCCCAAGCCCCCACCUCCAUCUGAAGGAACAACCUUUGCCCAAAAACAAGCAGCUCUGAAAACCGCAUCCGCAUUUCACAAAGAUCCCUCGUCCAUCUCUCUAUCCGACGCCCGAACCGCCGCAAGCACCGCGAACAAUUUCAGAGAAAGACAUGGAGAACAAGUGAAAUCAGGAUGGGCAUCUGCGAACAAAUUAAAUACAAAAUACGGAAUUGCUGAUAAAGUGGGAUCGUACGGAGGAAUCUCACAGGGGAAAGAUGCUUCGACUAAUGGACACGAUGGGAAUAUGGAGAAUUCAUCUAGUCCGGUUGGAAAUGGAUUAAAUGGACAAUCAGUUUUAGGGAAAAAGAAGCCGGCUCCUCCCCCUCCCCCUAAGAAGAGGUCAGAAUUGGGUGCUCCUGGGAAUGGGGCACCGCCGCCUAUACCAAUGGCGACUAAGCCUAAGCCUAUGUCCUCUCAUCCCGCUCCCGCCCCGUCUCCCUCACCACCACAAUCACAGUAUACCCCCACUGAUCUCCCUCUCUCGCUUCAAACCCUGUGGUUCGCCCAAAAUCCCCCCACCUUCCCACCUCCCUCCAUCACUUCUCUCCCAGGCACUCGCUCUCACGCCUCGUGUAGUAGCUGGACUUCCAACGGUCCUCGCAAAACUCACACUUUCAUUGGUGUUUUACGUGAUAACACUAACCUUUCGACUACUAAGAUUAAAUUAGUAUGGGAUGCUAGUGAUCCAGGAAGAACAGUGAGAGCGGAGCAAAGACAUAUUGCACCGCCCGGGAAGUUGGGGCAAAGGGAGUUGGAACUUCAUGGAGAUAGGUAUGGAGAGAGUGUGGCUGGAUGGUGUGAAGCGCAGAUGGGGACACAAGUGGGGAAUGGUGAGUGUUGGACUUUGGCUAAUGAGGGAUUGAAAGCUGUUGCGCGGGAUUGUAAAGAGAGGGGCGAGGAGGGGUGUAUGAGUAGUCAGGGAUAUGUGCAUGGGUAUAAGGUUUUCGAGUUUAAGAAUGGGAGGGUGGAAGUUGGAGGGGGAGUUAAAGAAGCGGGGGUUAGGAGAGGUGAUGUGGUGCAAUUCUUGGAAGCGCAUUUUAUGGAUAAUAGAGGAGGUCAGAAGUGGGCGGGGGCGCCGGAUCAUACUAGUGUCGUUGUUGGGGUCAAACCCAAUGGAGUCCUAGAAGUCGUAGAACAAAACGUGGGUGGGGUGAAGAGGGUUAUGAGGGGUGAAUAUAAUAUGGCGGAGUUGGUGAAGGGGGAAGUGAGGAUUUAUAGAGCGGUGGGGGAGAGUUGGGUGGGGCCGUUGGAUGUGGAUUGGUGA